CAGCUGCCGGGUGUCACCGUCGGAGCAGAGGAGGGGACAGCCUCAGGGUGACGGGAGGGUGGCCGGUCGUGUGCUAACUAAGGUGUGGCGUGGCGAGCCACACGUGUGCGCGGCGGGUGAUACCUGCAUGGAGCCUGGCAUGGGCAUUGACAGCUAGGUCGAAAGGGGCCCUCUGGCCUCUCCCACAGUGCCCAGCAUGGCUACAACCCAACCAGGGCUGUCUGGACCGUACCUGGAGCCUCCGAUGGGGUCACAACCCGACUCCGAUACGGAUUCCGAUUCGGACGGUCCAGUCUCCAGCAACGCCUGGCCUGGCACCAGCUACCCAGCCUGCUCCCAAGUCAUACACAGCGGACACUUCAUGGUCUCAUCUCCGCACAGCGAUUCAGUCCCCCGUCGGCGCCACCACCGGGCCGAGCCGGAACCCCCCGAUCCGCCAAGCAUCGACCCCACCCUCACACGGCCCUUUGAGUGCAUGAGCCUGGCGUACAGUGGGAAGCUGGUGUCUCCCAAGUGGAAGAACUUCAAGGGCCUGCGGCUACUCUGGCGGGACAAGAUCCGUCUCAACAACGCCAUUUGGAGAGCGUGGUACAUCCAGUAUGUGGAACGCAGGAAAAGCCCCGUGUGUGGAUUCAUCACCCCCCUGGACGGCUCCGAGGCAGAUGAGCACAGAAAGCCAGAAGCUGUCGUCCUGGAGGGGAACUACUGGAAGCGACGGAUCGAGGUGGUGAUGAAGGAGUAUCACAAGUGGCGGAUCUACUACAAGAAGAGGCUUCGCAGAUUCAGCCGAGAAGGGGAGGUCCAAAGUCCAAAGCCGGAUGACGGAAACUGGAAAUCCACGGAGAGCUGGUGCGAGCAGCUCUUCUCCAACGUGGUCCCGAUGCUGCUGAGGGACGAGGAGGAAGAGGCAGCAGGACGCCAGCUCUUUGACCUGGACAGCUUCCUCUCCGACAUCUCCGACACUCUCUUCACCAUGACCAACUGCCCGCCUCCUCAGCCACCGCCAGAAGACGCCUACAUUGCCAACGCCGACAUGAUCCAGCCGGACUUGGCCCCGCUGCAGCCAAACCUCGAUGAUUUCAUGGAGAUCUCUGAUUUCUUCUCCAGCCCUCGGCAAUUGCCUGCGCAGACGGUGGCCAUGAACUACCAGGAUCAGCCUAGCUUUGUGCCCUUGCUGGAGACCCUGUACAGCAGCAGUGGCGGCAACAACCACUUCCCCGGCCCGGCCGACACCCUCCUUCCCUCCGGGCCUGCCCGCUCCCCUGUCCUGCCCAACGCUUGCCUCCAGUCUGCAGGCGGCUGCUCUGCCCAGCUCCCCUCCCCUGGCCCCUUCCUGAGCCCUGGCCCCGCCCCCUGUGACGCCCCCUGCCAGCCUUGGCCCCGACCUCAAAGUGAAGCCCCUGCACCCCUACGCACUCCCGGGCAAGUGGCUCGGUCUGGACUCCUAUGGCUCUUACUGCCCGACCCCCCCGCCCAGCACCCCCCUGCUGAGCCCAGACCCUGUGUGCCCCUCCCCAUCGGCCCCUCGCUCCAAGCUCCACUACCCCCACUCCCCUCUCUUCCCUCGCCCCCCUUUGCCGCCAGCCCUCUCCCCACUCGGCUUCCCCCCCAACAUAGCCAUGCCCGGCUACGGCGUGGAGCUGCCUUCCGGAUACCCGCCUCCCUUCAGUGCCCCACAUCUGCACCCUGGAGUGCCAAGCGCCCCUGUGUUCGGGGCCGCCCAAGGGCAGGCACCGCCUGGGGGCGGCAGGCCCAAGGCCAAGGGGCUGAACAGCAAAGCCAAGAGAUCGCCGGGGCUGCCCAUGCCUCCGCUCGCCACAAUGCCAAACCCAUGCCUGACGCAGCUGCUGACCACAGGAGCCCAGAGCGGUGUACAUGCUUAUGUCUCUCCCCACAACCCCUGCGAGCUAAACCAGAACCAAACCUGGACACCCUAUCUGCUCCCGCUCAGACCCCCAUCACAGUGUCCCAAUCCAUGCAAAAUGCUUUUGGUGAAGAGCUGGCCAGCUUCUUGCCCAGACUGCCUCAGCCAAGCCCUCAUCUAUCCUCUACAUCCAGCCCUCCACGGCCCCUGAUCGUCCCCAAGACGGAGAGGCUCUCCCCGACCCCAAUCUCUGCCAGUAACCGGAGGAUGUCGGGGCAGGGAUCGCCUGCCUUCAUCGAGGCGCCAAGUGUCAGGAUCUCACCCCCUCAUUAUUCUUCUGGCCGCAGCAGGCCAGAGCCAAGCAAGGUGGAAAGCCGCCAGAUCAUCCACAUCUCCGCCGAGCAGAAGCGCCGUUUCAACAUCAAGCUGGGCUUCGAUACUCUGCAUGGCCUGGUGAGCACGCUGAGUUCCCAGCCUAGUCUCAAGAUCAGCAAAGCCACCACCCUGCAGAAGACGGGGGAAUACAUCAGCAAGCUGCAGCAGGAGCGGGCCGCCCUGCAGGACGAGGCGCAGCGCCUACGGGACCAGAUCGAGGAGCUGAACGCCGCCAUCAACCUGUGCCAGCAGCAGCUGCCUGCCACCGGGGUGCCCAUCACCCGCCAGUGCUUCGACCAGAUGAGGGAGAUGUUUGACGGGUACGUGAGGUCCUGCACCCUGCAGAACUGGAAGUUCUGGGUUUUCAGUGUCCUUAUGCGCCCCCUUUUUGAAUCUUUCAACGAGAUGGUUUCUACCACCAGCAUGGAAAGCCUCAGCCAGACGUCCUUGGCUUGGCUGGAUCAGUACUGCUCACUCCCAGUGCUCCGACCUGCCAUCCUGAGCUCCCUCCGCCAGCUGAGCGUCUCCACUUCUAUCCUGACCAACCCGGCUGACAUCCCUGGACAGGUGACCCAGGCCGUGACGGGGUCUGGCCCCAACCACGGCUCCUCCUAGCCCUAAAAGGUGGGACCCGAUGGCAGCAAGAACCUGCACCCUGCCAAAGAACUGCUUGCAGCGAAUGGAUGGAAGAGUCAGCUUACCUAGUGGGCUGGCCUUAGCCCAGACGGGAAGCAGGUCGCUCCAAAACCAUGUGGCUUGGACUAUCACCAUCUUCCUCGCCCUCCUCCUCCUCCUCCUCCUCCUGGCCAGCCUGGCCAAUGUCGCAAACGGUGAUUUCACAAAAGUGUCGCUGCUGGGUCUGCCGACAGCUUCCCACUCUCCCUCACCCAACACUGCCCUGUUUUGCAUCCAAGAUGGUGCUGCUUUUCCAGACAUCAUGGAGGAACAUAGGAACAUAGUUAGCUGCCGUAUACUGAGUCAGACCAUUGGUCUAUCUAGCUCAGUAUUGUCUUCACAGACUGGCAGCAGCUUCUCCAAGGUUGCAGGCAGGAAUCUCUCUCAGCCCUAUCUUGGAGAUGCUGCCAGGGAGGGAACUUGAAACCUUCUGCUCUUCCCAGAGCGGCUCCAUCCUCUGAGGGGAAUCUCUUGCAGUGAACACACAUCAAGUCUCCCAUUCAUCUGCAACCAGGGCAGAUCCUGCUUAGCUAGGGGGACAAGUCAUGCUUGCUUCCACAAGACCAGCUCUCCUCUCCUCCAAGUCCCUUUAGGACCUCCAAGUCCCACAGGAAGCUGCCAUAAACCGAGUCCAACCCUUGGCCCAUCUGGCUCAGUAUUGUCUACACAGACUGGCAGCAGCUCUCCAAGGUUUCAAAUGAGUCUUUCCCAGCCCUACCUGGAGAUGCUGCCAGGGAUUCAACUUGGGACCCUUGGCCUGCAAAGCAGAGGCUCUACCACUGAGCGCGGGUCCUUUCCUAGGAGGCUGCCUUAGGCUACAGGCAGGAAUCUCUCCCAACACUGUCUAGAAAUGCCAGAGAGGAAACGUGGAACCUUCUGCAGGCAAGCAUGCCAGUGCUGUUCCCAGAGCGGAUUCCCCAUCCCGUGAUGGGGAAUAUCUUACAGUGCUCACACAUGUAGUCUCCCAUCCCAAUGCAAACUAGGGCAGACCCUGCUUAGCAAAGGGGACUGUUCAUGCUGGGGACCACAAGACCAGCUCUCCUCCAGGAAACUGCUGAUUCCGACUUCCAAAGCCCUAAAUCAGCGAUGCACAACUCAAACACCCCGGUGGGCUGGAACUAACCACAACAUGGUGUUUGGGGGCCAAGGUCAAUUUUCAGCACGUUAUUACACUAAAGUUAAUAUAAAUAUUAAUGAAAGGAAGUAUUGUGGAUCCUUGCCCCUCAUCAAGGGACCCACAAUUUUAAUUAAGGAUAGUGACCAGAAAACAGGCCCUGUCCCUUCUCAGUCAUUGGGGUCAUAGGAACAUAGGAAGCUGCCAUAUACUGAGUCAGAUCCUUGGUCCAUCUAGCUCAGUAUUAUCUACCCCAACUGGCAGCGGCUUCUCCAAGGUUGCAGGUAGGAAUCUCUCUCAGCCCUAUCUUGGAGAUGCUGCCAGGGAGGGAACUUGGAACCUUCUGCUCUUCCCAGAGCGGCUCCAUCCUCUGAGGAGAAUCUCUUCCAGUGCUCACACAUCCUGGCCAGCCCCAAACAAAUGCCAAGUUCUCUCCUCUCCCUAAAUCGCUGUUGCUUUCAGGUUGCAAUUCUAGGCAUGCGUAAUCAGGAGUAAGACUCACUAUGGCGCUACUUCCGAGUAAACACGCAUAGGAUGGUGCUGUAAGGCCGGUUCAGAGCAGGCAGAGGAUGGACCCUUUGGAGAAGAGGGAGCUGACUCAUAUAGAAGCCCUCUGCCUUUCUGGAGAACUGUUGCUACAGGAUAUUCCUCCCUGGGGGCCACCCCAAAAAAGCCCCUGUGGGACAGAUCCGACCCCCAAGUCUUAUGGUGUGCAGGCCUGCCCUAAAUGGUUUGGGAUAUUUUGAAAGCUACCUUCUGCCCGAGUUGAGGGGCCAGUACCCAAGUAGGCCCUGCUUUCUGCCCCACAGCCACCUGCCCUUCACAGCUGUGUAGAAGACUGGCCCUCAUCCAGCCAGUCUGGCUGUAUCACUGGCUGCUUUAUGCUGGCUGGCUCAUUGCAACCAGCCUGUUGCAGCUGCCUGGACUACAUUCUGUUUGCUGAUCCCGCAAUUCAAUUCAGUAUCGUUACUGUGGUCAGCAACCAGUCUUUAACACAUACACACACAAAAGCAGAUGUGUUUUCUCUUUAAAAUAUGCUGCUUGUUUCGUGAGCUUUCAGAAUGCCUUGUUUUAUACUGUCUUAUUUGCCAUGUAAGCCGCUUUAUCGUGGAUAGAAAAGCGGGACAGAAAUGUCUCAAAAUAAAUACACUAGUACAUA